AUGGCCUGUGACCUGGCGUCUGACGACGAAGAGAUGGGCGAGAUCCAUUGCGCCCCGAUCUUCGCAGGACCAAGUGUAAACGGCCGUCCGACUGCCACCGCCGGCCUUGAAAAUAUCUCGAAGGCCUUCGUCGAUGGCAGAAGACUCAAAGAUGAACAGGCAGAAGCCUCGCGCCGCUUGGGAAGAGAAAUCUGGACUGCGGGACGGGACCCGCAAGCGACUGGGCCUUCGGAUGAUUUGGUUCGGCUCGUGGUUGAAAAGCUAUACGGUGACGCCCGUCAGAAUGAUGCCCGGCACGAUAUCUCUCACGCCUUCAAGGCUGUCGACAGCGCUCACGACGCCCUCGAGGAUGCCUUCCGCCAGUUGGGCGACGCCGCCCUCACCAUCAUGCCGGCCAGCUCCAGGCCUAAGGGACCGGGCUCGUCGGGUUCAGGUCGGGCGUUCAACGGCCAUCAUUGA